AUGGCGGCUGCUACAUCCACCACAAACGGUCGUUCCAACCGCUCUGCGGCCCCCAAGGCAAUCGUCGUCCUCAGGUUGUCGCCGGAACUGCUCAGUCGGUUUGCUAGUCCGGAUGGGAAAGAAAAAGCGACCAAGAAAAAUAGCACCAGCGCGAGUCCACCCGUCAAGGAGAAAGAGCCCUCGUCUCCUGCCUCGUCCUCUGCAGACCCUCCCAUCCCACCAUCGUCCGUCGACAAUGCUUCAGAUGCCGCAUCUACUCCUGCUCCUGGGACAUCCGCCGCAGAUACCCCUCGUCGCAACGGUUUACCGGCUCCCAAGUCGGGAACCAAGCGAAGCGCUGGCCAAGCGACCGAAUCUUUCUCUAGACCGAGGGGAAAGCCUGGCCCGAAGAAGAAGCCCAGACUUGACGAUGGUACUGGCGAUUCUGUCAAGGUAACCUCCUCCCGGUUGGGACCCAAGGCCAACAUGGGUGCCAUCAACGCCGGUCUUCGCGCCUUGGAUCGAUCUGGAACCCCUUGUCGCAAAUGGGAACGGAAGGCCCUUCAGCUGAAGAGCUUCACUGGUGUCCAGUGGCAAUUGCCAUCAUGGCGAGCUCCUCGACCACAAAAGACCGAGACAAACGGCGAGAUGAAAGAAGCCGCUCUCGACACCGGUGAUAGUGACAGCAAGGCCAACCAGAGUGCUAGCGGUGCGCCCAGCGAGAAAAGCAACUCCGGCGAUAUGGAGCUGACUCCGGUCCCUCCUAAUAUUACCGAAGCAUCUUCACCAGCAAUUGCUAUGACUGCAUAG